AUGAAGCGGAUUUUCUUCAUUGUUUUAACCGUAGAAGUACUAAUAAAAGGUGAAGUUCUUGGUACACGUUGUGGCAGGACCAGGAGCUCGCAAGUCAGACCCAUCCCGAUUCAAGAAUCAUUAGUUUGUCACCGUUAUUAUGAAGCCCCCUUGGCGACGAUUACUACUUCCAACUACCAUAAUCCCAUUAGAGAUGAAAAAAGAUGUUUUUUUCGAAUUAAAGCUCCUCCAGGGCGAAGAAUUAAAGUGACUUUUAAUCAAUUUAAUUUACCAAGAGAUGACACCACAGGAACAUGCCUCAGUUACAUAGAAGUGACUAAUGUUUUUCGUAGACGUCAUAAGGAUAUUAAACCUGCUCCUCAGUUAUGUGGCAGCUCACUUCCUCCUGCAAUACAUUCCAUUGGUAAUAUUCUUCAGGUAAAAUUUUUCAGUCAAGGACUUGCAGCUGGUCAAGGUUUCUCUUUAACUUAUUCAACAGAAGAGAAGGGAAUUUGCGGAGGAAAUCUGCUUUUGCCCAGUGGAAGUAUUUCUACUCCAAUGUUUACCAGAAUGAGGGAUUCUUAUGUGGAUUGCAAAUGGUCUGUGUUUGGAGAUCGUCUGGAUAACAUCACGGUUGUGUUCAAAUUGCAUGUGCUAGAUGUCCCAGGUCUCAGGGCCAAAUAUUGUUCUCAAGGUGGAAUGUACGUUAAACCAGGAAGGGGCAGUGGUUCUAAGUUUUAUCGUGAAUUUGAAAUCUACUGUGGCAACUACACGUCACCAGUAAUAUUCACCUCACCUUUUCCUUCCACUAAUAUUCUUCUCUCUGGUUUCUUAGAUAAACCUUUUCGUGGUAUUCAUGGAACCUAUUACGUCAACAAUUGCGGUGGCAUAAUCAACGCACCCAGUGAUGUAAACAUUACUUCACCCGGGUAUCCAAACGGUUAUCCACCUAAUACUGACUGUCACUGGAUCAUACAGGCAGACUAUGGAGAACUAAUAACGCUAACGACAGUGGAUCUUCACCUGGAGAAUGAUUGCGAGGGGGACUACGUCUCGAUUUCCAGUGCCUAUGAUUUUCAUAUGCUGGGCAAGUUCUGUGGCGAUCAUAGACCAUAUCCAGUUACAUCGAGGCACCACGUUCUGUCUGUAAAAUUUCAUUCUGACGAGUCGGGAACUGCCCCCGGCUUUUGGAUGACAACAUCGAAGAUUCAAAGAG